AUGCCGGUACUUUCAAUAAUAAAACGAGGUCGGAAACAAGCUAAAGAGCAAAAUGCUAAGAAGGUCGAGCAAGAAAAGGAGACCGCGGUCAAGAUACCGUAUAAGCAUGUAGUUACACAUGCCGCUGCCGAUGCUCUAUCUGGUGCUCCUUCGAGCUGGCGACAAGCCGACAGAGCCAGAAUCAUGGAACAAAACAGACGAAGAACUGCCAUGAUGGCCGCUGAGGGCUACCCAACCGGUUUACCACGAGUCAGUAGCUCGUCGUCCUAUAUAUCCUAUGCGUCCGUCUACGCAACUCCCAUCGUACCCCUUCCUAAAAAUUAUACCCCUUACAGCCCACCUGCAUCACGGCGGGACCAGCCGUCUACUUCUCCAGACAACACCCGCUAUCUUAGCCCACCAGUAAACACGGGAAGGUCCAAAGGAAAGGAGCGAGAAUAUAGUCAACCGUCAACAUCUGCAGCCCCAGUUUCAAGACCAUCCUCUGGUCUGACAAGCGUUGUAUCAAGCAAAGAGCUGCCUGUCAAUGGAAGCUCAGGGAUUCCAGUUGGCUCUGGCGAGGGACCAGAGAUUAAGCAAACGGUCAUAAACCACCAUUCUCAUAACCUUGACAGUCGUUCGAGCACUCCCCAGCAAAGCAGCUCGUCUAGUGAGAAGUCUUAUCGUACACCUUUGAGCAGUUCACGUACGACUAUUGAAGGCCCUACCAAGCCUGAUCGAUACUAUCCACCCCAGGCUCAAAGCACUUAUUUCUCAGCGCCGCGUCCCCUCAACCGCCGCAUAACUAGCGCGGGCACGCCUACACCCGCUUUUUCUCUUCCUAUAGAGCGAAGCGGCUCGGCGGUUCCUUCAUCAUCCACUCCUUGGAACUACUCCGCUGCCUCCUCUCUCGCAUCUAUCGGCAUAGCUAUUGCGCCCCCUUUAGAGCCCUAUUUCGUUGCUCCCUCGACCCCUAUAGUCCCCGUGGAGGAUGGUGCUGUGUCGGAUCCGGAACCAAACACGACAAGAACUACUAGCGCCCCCCCUGUGUCAAUAUCAAAUGAAAUACCAGCGCAGUUACGCAGGGUCUCUAUAGACACUGUCACGCCGAAGUCAAGAGGGAAAGUGGCAUCGGCAUCACCAGUAUCACCAGUAUCACCAGCUCCAUAUUCACCAAGAAGGAGACGCAGGUUGUCUAAAUCUAGACCAGCAAGCAUCGACGGAAGCGGUGUCAAAACGUCAAUCGAGACUGUACGUCCACAGAGGCCGAGCACAGCUACCGCAGUCACCGUACCUACUACUCGAGACCCCAGGCCCCCAACUGGUGAUACGACCCAAAAUAACGACACCGAGGCGAUCGUGGUGCCGCCACCAUCCAACGAAUCCAUGCCCAGGACCCGGAGAAAACUGAACAAGAACCCGGAUUCCAGACGCCCGGUUGCCACACAACAACCUGUGCCCACGCCCAUGAAACCCAAGUCCAAUCAUAAAGGGCGAUGGAUCCUUCGACUGGCUAGCAAAAUUCCCCGUCUCGCUACUGAUUAA